AUGGGCGAGCCCUUCGUACAACCCGACCAGGGCACCGUGGCCUUUGCCUCAGGCCUCCACGGCUGGGGCUUCACGUUAACGACCUUUGCCACAAUAUUGGGCAAACAGCUCGGCGUCGCGCCAGAGAAGCUACAGAAACGCCUGUGGGGCGACAACUUCUACGAUCCCGACGUCAAGAAGUGGCUCAAGACCGACAUCUCGCCGACGACGGGCAAGAAGCUGAAGCGUGGCUUCUGCCAGUUCGUGCUCGCACCCAUCUACAGGAUCAUCAAGGGCUGCCUCGGUGGUCCCGAGAAGCGAGAGCUGCUCGACAAGAACAUCCAACAGCUGGGCAUCGAGCUCAAGGCUGCGGAGAAGGCCCUCGAGGGCAAGGACCUCAUGAAGUGCGUCAUGCCCAAGUUCCUGCCUCUCGGCACCGCUCUGCUCGAGAUGAUGGUGCGCCAUCUGCCUUCGCCGGUCCAGGCCCAGAGGUACCGCGUGGAGAACCUCUACGAGGGUCCCAUGGACGACGAGUGCGCCGACGCCGUUCGCAGAUGCGACCCUGAGGGCCCUCUCAUGGUCUACAUCUCCAAGCUGGUGCCGUCGCCCGACCAGGGAAGCCGGUUCUACGCCUUCGGCCGUGUGUUCUCGGGCACGGCCCGGACCGGCCAGAAGGUCCGCAUUCUCGGCCCCGACUACAUCCCCGGCCAGAAGUCGGAUCUGUAUGUGAAGAACAUCCAGAAGGUGUGCGUAGCCAUGGGCCGCUACUUCGAGAACAUGGACAGCGUGCCCGCCGGUAACACGGUGUGCCUGGUCGGUCUCGAUCAGUUCCUCAUCAAGUCCGGCACCGUGACCACCAGCGAGGUGGCCCACAACUUCAGGAUGAUGAAGUUCAGCGUCUCCCCUGUCGUGCGCGUGGCCGUUCAGCCCAAGAAUGCCGCCGACGUGCCCAAGCUGGCGGAAGGCCUGCGCAAGCUGAUCAAGACGGACCCGUGCGUCCAGUGCUCCAUCGACGAGGCCACGGGCGAGAUGAUCGUGGCGGCGGCGGGCGAGCUCCACCUGGAGAUCGUGCUCGACGACCUGGCCAAGCUGUCGCGAGUGGAAUUCCACCAGUCGGACCCGGUGACCUCGUUCAGGGAGACCGUCACCGAGCGGACGCCCGAGGCCUGCCUCGCCAAGUCGCCCAACAAGCACAACCGGCUGUGGGUGUCGGCCGAGCCCUUCCCCGAGGGCCUGGCCGACGCGGUCGAGAGCGGCGGAAUCAGCAUUCGCACCGAGGCCAAGGAGCUCGGGCGCGAGCUGUCCGACCGCUUCGGCUGGGACCCGCUGGAGUCGCGCAAGAUCUGGCGCGCUGUCAUGCGCGGUGCGCGCUUCAACAUCGCCGACGUCACGCUCCACGCCGACGCCAUCCACCACGGCGCCGGCCAGAUCAUCCCCGCUGCGCGCCGCGUGCUCUACGCCGCGCAGCUCUCCGCUCGCCCGAGGCUCAUGGAGCCCAUGUACCUCGUCGAGAUCCAGACCGAGGACUCGGCCAUGGGCAGCGUCUACAGCGUGCUCUCCAUGCGCCGCGGCCACGUCUUCUCCUCCGAGCAGCGCGAGGGCACGCCCAUCUACACCCUCAAGGCCUAUCUGCCCGUCAUGGAGUCCUUCGGCUUCACCUCGGCCCUGCGCGAGGCCACCGGAGGCAACGCGUUCCCCCAGUGCGUGUUCGACCACUGGCAGGCCAUGAGCGGCGAUCCGCUCGACCCCUACAGCACGGUCGGUAAGGCCGUGCUCGGCGUGCGCAAGCGCAAGGGUCUCAAGGCCGAGCUCCCCACCGCCGCGUCCUUCAUGGACAAGCUCUAA